AUGGCAAAUCUUUAUGGCAGAAGGCUUGAAGGAAGUCGAUUAUCUUUCCGAGUUUAUUGGUCUUUGGCAAUGCCGUUGGGCUUGCGCCAACGAUUAAAUGAAAUGCUAUUUCAAAAGAGAGAGAAAGUAAAGGCUUGUAAAGGCAAUUUUUAUGAUAGCUUGUUAGAAAGCAGAAAAAUCCUCUACCACAGGAAAUUACGGCAUUUUACAGGCGAAUCUAAACCAAUCACCAUUCAUGUAUCACGAUUGCCAAUAUCGAUGAGCAUAGUGGAAUGUAUUCACUGCUUUAGUCAAGCUGGAGAAAUUAUUGAUUGCAAAAAUGGCUCUUCUGAUUGCAUAAGCCUUACGUAUAAAGAUGACAAGAGCGGCUUAAUUGCCUUACUUUGCUUUCGAUAUUUCAACAUUGAACCUGGCAAACAAAUUAAGGCAUUUCUAGCAGACGAAUGUAAAGAUUCUUUAAUUUUUAAGAAGUUAAUAUCAAUGAUAAUAAAAAAAAAGGAAUUGAAAGAUUCUCCCAAAAGUGAAGCCCAACCUGAAAAUGCCAUGGAAAUCUUUGAAUCUGAAGACUUUAGCCAUAAUAUUUCUGACAUGAGUGAUUCAGACGAUUUUUCAACCGCAUCCCAACAUAGCCAGAAAGAAUUUAAAAGUGACACGGAAAGCAUUUGCGAUCAAAGGGAAUUAUGGGGGGAAAUAGAUGGAGAAUUAGAAGAGUUUCCUAUAGCUCAUCAUGUCAAAUUCUUAUUGCAACUCAUUGAGCUAGAUAAGAAAUUACGUCUAAAAGGCAUUCCUGUUUAUUUUAAAUUUUUUCAACGAUAUGGUUAUCCUAUCAUAGCCAUUAAAAUGAAUGAACAUUAUAAACUAAUUAUUAUGCAAGAAUUAACAGCACUUAUUGGGAUUGAGAUUAGUAGUGCUGGCUUGACAGAAUCGAUGACGAGCUUUUUAUCCAAAUAUGACGACAAUCAACAUCAUCUAAAUAGAAAAUUAAUGGAGCAAUCUAUUCAAGCAGGAAUUUAUAAGAAUCAACAAGAUUUCAUUUCCAUCGUUGCUCUCAAUCACUCAGAAUAUUCAAGAGCAAUUUCUUAUUUACACUGUGAAAUUUCAACCCAAUCGAUUAAAAUUAUUGGUGAUAGUUUUAAUUUAGUGUUAGAUGGUAAGGUCCUGAAGCCCGAUUUCCUUCUUAAUUUAUCGGAUCAGCACAAAGUUUGUCUGCAAACCGAAAUUGAUACCCAAUCCGCUCAUUGUAAUAUUAUUGCGAUUGGCUUGAAGGAUUCUGUGAAACAAGUUUUAGUUGCUAUCAACAAGAGCAUUCUAGACUAUAAAAUGAUCCAAUUUUCGAUUGACCAAAAAAUCGAAACUGGAUCAUCUAUUUGGUUAGAAUUUCUUCGACAUCAUUUUCAUCGUAUUGAGGAAGAAUAUCACUGUUACGUACAUUGCAAAAAUGUUACAAAUGACACCCCCGCUAAUCAAGAUGGUCGAGAAGGAGAUAUUAUUAUUCAAUGCUAUCCUCAUGAUCAGCAACUUAUUUAUUUCCAAAUUAAAAAGUUAUUUCGUUAUUCGUUCGUCCACGAGCAAUCAGGCAUUAGCCAAUUUUCUAGAAUGGGUCGAUUUCUCACCGAAAAUGAUGGUCAAAUUAAACUGCAGAACAUUCGAGAUGAAUUUGAAUGCAAAAUUGACGUCCAUUUUCCAACGGUUUCAGAGUAA